AUGCCUCCUCAUGUGGACGCAGUCAUAGUAUUCCGUGCCAUCCAGAAAGGAGCCAGCUUUUCUAAGGAGCAAGUGCGCCAGAAUGCUGUCAAGGCUGAAAAACAAUAUUCUAAGCUCAUUAAUACGCUCACCCGAGCUGGCCUCAAAGCUGUUGGGAGGCGUGGAGAGAGCCAGGGCCAGUUACUUGUAAUGGUGACUUGCCCGCAGAAGGUGCUUUCAAACCUUAUUCAUUGUGAACGACAUUCGGACUUUUUGUACGGACUUCCCAUGUCUAAGUUGCCGUCCGCGAACGACUUUGAAUCAGGCCCACUAUCUCCCGCCGACCGCAUCCGUUUGAUCCACGGAUUCAUAUCCUCCACUCCCGAAGAUGGAGGCUUGGGUAUUAUUCCGGGGCGAAAAGAGUGGGGUCUUGUGGAGUCCGUAAUGGCACUUCACGAUCACGACUUCAACGAUCACUGGAUACAUCUAUGGACACGGCACCGAAUAGCGAGCGUGGAACUCGAAAAGAUUCGAGACCAGUUUGGAGAUUCCGUUGCGCUCUAUUUUUUCUUCCUUACAGCAUAUACACGGGCUUUGAUAUUUCCCGCGGCACUUGGCGCUAUCUAUUAUCUCUUCGGGAGACCUUACUCUGCUUUAUACUCCACUUUACUCCUUCUGUGGUCAAUUGCGUUCGUCGAAUGGUGGAGACUGCAAGAGCGUAUCCUAUCAAUCAGAUGGUGCACUCGUGGUUCGUGGCGCGUUGAAAAGCGGAGGGCUGAUUAUCUCCCGAGCUUCCCCUGGUGGAAGCAGGAGAUGCGCAUGAUGGCUGGCUUACCAGUCAUACUGCUCUUUGCGACCAUUCUUGCGGCUAUAUUGACAGGCAUAUUCGUCCUGGAAGCUUUUGUGACGGAGCUUUACAAGGGUCCCGGCCAUAGAUAUGUGUCCUUCGCUCCAACGAUACUUUUCUCACUCGUUGUUCCUCGGUUACUCGCAAUCUACCAGAAAUAUGCCACGAACUUCACGGAUUGGGAAAAUCACGAGCAUCAAUCGAAACAUAGUUGGUCUCUUUCAUUGAAGGUCUUCACACUCUCGGCGGUGAAUGCUUAUCUCGGCCUUGCGCUGUCCGCAUUCGUUUACGUCCCCUUUGGCGAAAGUGUUAUGCACUUCGUCCAGUCACACUUGUUCACAGAUGGUCGUCGUGCGUUGGCCUUCCUGGACAGAUUCAAUAUCAAUUUCAACGCCACGUCCCAUCUCGGUGCUAGAGGAGGUGAUGGGAAAAAAAUCAGUGCAGUCGGACUCAGUUUAUGGGAGUGGGAUAGGAAAAAUGCGCGACGCAAGUUGAAUUCAUCGAGGCUUCAGGAGCAGAUGUUCGCCUUUUCGGUCACAAACCAAGUGGUGGAUACCUUCACGGCUAUUGGUUUGCCAUAUAUCCUCCGUGCCGUGGAGUCGUUCCGCAAUGGAAAAGGUUUUCGGAACGGUAAUGGAAAGGUACACGGGAAGAAAAAGCGGGUAGCGUUUGAUGACGAACCUGUGGGGCAUGAUGUACACGGCAGAGAGGAGCGCGAAUUCCUCGAGCGUGUUCGGAGCGAAGUGGCGCUGCCAGAGUAUGAUGUGUUCACGGACUACAGCGAGAUGGUGACACAGUUCGGCUACGUCGCUCUUUGGUCAACAAUAUGGCCACUUGCACCAGCGAUGGCACUUUUCAACAACUACAUUGAAGCACGCUCUGAUGCGUUUAAAAUCGCAGUGCACACCCGACGACCGACGCCUAUUCGAACGGAUUCGAUAGGGCCGUGGCUCGAGUCUCUAUCAUUUCUUACAUGGUUGUCGGCUCUCACGAACUCUGCGCUGGUAUAUCUCUUCCGUCCCCCUAAUCAACAAGAACAUGAGCUUGGGACCAUGGUGGAUGCGAAUGUGACUGAUGAGUCACAGCAUCACCGAUAUGGUCUCGCUGCAACCCGGGAACUUUUGAUGUCCGCUCUGUUAAUCGCGAUGUUAGCGUCCCAUGGCUAUCUCGUGAUGCGUGCCGCCGUCCGACAUAUCUUGAACCGUGCCAUAUGGACGGGAAGCAGGGAGAAGAAGGAGGCAGAACGCGUGGAGCGGGAGAUGAAGGAUAAAUAUCUGAGUAGCCUCGGGCAGUGCGCGCCGGGUGAAAAUGGGGUGUUGGAAACGACGGGCGAGUGGGCCACCUUCUGGGCGACAGACGAGGGGAUGGAUGAUAUAAAGAAGAUGCUGAAAGAUGCUUGA